AUGAAUAGAGUCUUGGCCAAAUUCGUUCUUCCCCUCUCCCAAUUAGCAUCCAAAUCGACGUUCUCCUCUUCAUCAUCUCUUGUCACCAGCAGCACCGCCUCCGGAAAAAUACGGCGGAAAAGUAAACAAGUGAAGAAUCUACUACUUCUUGCCUCGAGUGAUGCGGAGUUAUCCGUUCGUUACCAUAAACUUUCAAACAAAAAAAAAAAACCUAAGGAACUCCACUUUCCCAAUACUGUGCGCUCUCGCCAUUUUUUCCCUAGUUUUAGCUGCAACGCCUUUUUCUUGGGGCAUUUAUUUGAAGAAGCUGCUCUGUGGAAUCCAACAACAGACGAGAUCAAAUUUCUUCCUGAAUCCUCAGUCCCCCGCCCUCCUUGGACAAGAAACACUUACUUUUGUUAUGGUUUUGGGUUCGAUCAUCAUCACUACGACUACAAGGUGAUUAGAUUUAUAGACUAUAUGUGUCUUGAAGAUGAUACUGAAAAUACUCUAGUUGAGCUGUACUCACUUAAAAGGGAUUCCUGGAAGGAAGUCAUGUUUCCCCAUAUCUCUACGCCUCCUGGAAUUCAAGGUGUUCACAUAAAUGGCAUCUUCUAUUGGCUGGCCGGUGAUGGAGUUAUCCUCUCCUUUGACAUGACUACUGAGGAGUUCCCUUCCAUUUCCACACCUCUUAUUCCCCUGCCCCAAACUGAUCUUCUUAAUUACUUCAACAAUAACCUUAUUCUUGCUGAGUUUAAUGGGCAGCUCGCCACUAUUGUCCACAGUAAUUUGGAAUCAUUAUGUCUUGAUUCUUUCCAUAUUCAAAUUUGGGUAUGGAAUCAUGAAUCAUGGUCUAGAGUGUUGUCCAAUGUCAGUAUUGUCAGUGGCGUCGCAUAUUGUAAGCUGUUGGGCUUCUUCAACAAUGUUGAGCUAUAUGUUCAAUCCUGGGAUGGUGAAGUGGUGUGUGUGGAUUGUGCAACAGGAGAGCUCAAGUUCCUUGGUCUGUUUGUUGAUUCAUGGAGAGCUUCCCUUUUUCCUUAUGUCGAGAGUGGGCAGCCAAUCCAAGUGUAA